AAGACUGGACUCCAACGGCCCCUUGGAGCCACGCUCGGACUGGGGUUUCCGGCUGAGUGUUCUCCUGCCCGCCACUGCCAGCCGUCCCCCUGCAGUGUACUGUACACACCGACGACGAUCAGAAGCGCCGCAUCCUGCCCUCCCGUGACCCAUCCGCCGCGGCUUGCGCCAUCGCGAUUUUGCAACGCAACCCGCCGCCCAUUUUCGAAACCGUGCAGCGCUGUCAUGGCGUGGCAAACCACUGGUUGGGUUGCGUUGCGUUGCGACGGAGAAGCAGCGGCAGAGCAGCGGGUCCAGCUGAGCUGAGCUGACCCCUCCUUCCAAGGUUGAAGGCCAGCCGCGAAGUGCGGCUCUAGGGAACUCCCUCCCAAUCCCUAGGAAAGGAAAACCCCAGACCAGACUCCCAGCGGCGGGGCUGAAAGACAGAGUCAGAAUCCGCUGAGAAUUCCCUGGGAAUACCGUACCUACUAUCAGCUGCACGACAGCUCGUCGCGAGGACGAGGGGGAAGAGGCGGAGGAGGGAGAGGAGGAUGAUGAGUGCUGCUGCUGACGCUCCCUGCGUUGUGAAGUGUGAUCAUCGGGCGCUAGAGCAACCGCAGCAACGAUAGGAGUCGCUAGCCUGAUGCGUUGACGGUUUAGUCUGAGAGAGCAGCAGCCUCCAGUAGAGAGUGCAGCACAGCACAGCAGCACGCCAUUCGCCCGUUUUCCUGACGUUUUACCCUCCGUGCGCGGAAAUUCGAAUCUUGCUCAGCGCGCAGUUUCGUACAGACUCGUUCGCUGCAUCUGCCAGAUGCAGAUGUGGAGGCAAACGCCGAGGCCCCGUCACGCUGGGAAUAGUCCGAGCUUACUAGCGCUAAGCUUAGUUCGAAUCAUACGAGCCGCCGUCGUCAGAGGCGGAAUCGUGUACCCAUUCCUUAUCAUCGUUUCGUUAGCCGCGAGGCCUGUGGCUUGCCUAACCCAAACUGUCCUCUGCGCACCAGACAAGUAGUACUAGAAGUACGAAAAUUUCCACUACACGUAGUAGUGAUCGAGCGCCUACAAGACCCAUUCUGCCAUAAGCAUUGCCUGAAGGGUACUUCAAAGGCCAGUAUUCUAUUACUCUUCUCUUAAGAACGUCUGUUAAGGUCAAGUGAAAGUUAGCGGACGACUUUCUUCGGUACCAGUACGGGCGAUCUAAGACUUCCGAAAUUAUCAGCGUUACCAGUUCGAUUAUGCUGCCAUGGCUGCCGCACUAGCGACCGGCUUCACAAUUCGCGACGAAGACAGGAACGAGUUUGCAAAAAUGACCAACGGCGGCGCGUUGAACGGCGCGUUGAACGGCACCAAGGAAACCGUUUUCGAGCGUGACAGCCGCCUAGCCACGGUCCUCCGCCCCAUCCCCCUCCGCCGACUCCCCCUGUCUCUGUCUCGAUCCCACGGCCUGACCCCAGCCCCGGCACCCGCGCCUCUCGACCUCGCGCUGUCUCUCAGUAAUAUUCCCUCGCCGCCUGCCCUCCCGCCCAACCCGUCGCUCCCAUCCACCCUGCCGCCCGCGCUGUCCUCCUCCUCCGCCACGCCUAAGCUGCUGCUGCUGCGCAUCCCCUCCCCCCUUCCGCCCGCUUCCGCUUCCCCCUCAGCUGCAUCAGCGGAGGCGGCGGCGGCGGCGGAAAUGAACUCGCGCCUCUCCUUAUCCCUCGCGUUGUCCGCCGUCGACCGCCGGAGCACGAGAUCGGCGGAAGACACCAGAAGCGGAUCGGCGGCAGUGUCGCUUGGCCUAGGGAUUGGCGGCGGCGGGAAGAGGCGAGCCGCGGAGGAGUUGACUCGGGAACGACCGGCGGCGCUGACAACCUGCCAGCCUUCUUUUCUUCUACGUCUGGACUGCAGCAGCAGCGGCGGCGGCGGCGGCGGUGGCGGCGGCUCCUGCCUGUUUCGUCAUUCUGAAAGCUCGUCGUGCUUCCGUUGCCGUAGCAAUACCGGAGAUGACGCGGCGUGUGCGGCCGGCGAGGCUGACGAGCUUCCCGGUUUAACGAGGAUGUCUAUAUCGGGGAAUGAUGACGUCACCGUGACGGAGCGGAGCGGAGACAGUCUGCCGCCGCCGCGGCGGACGGCGAGUCCGUUGGUGGGUAUCAGAGGGAGCGGCGCGUGGAUGAAGUGGAGCGUGACUCAGCAUGACGUGCUUCCGCGCGAUGCUCACGUGGCGGCGGGUGGCGAUUGUGCGACGCUGAGGACAGCUGAGACGGGCUGUGCGACGCCGAUGCGAACGCUGCGAUUGAUAAGCGAUUCGGGCGAAGGAGAAACGGCUCUGGAAGGAGAGGGUUAUGCGCCGCGAUGCGAUCAUGAUGUCGCCAGCCGGCAACAAGCGACACUGGCGCUAUUGGGUGCUGGAGGCGAUCUGCGAUGCGAUUGGUCCAAGCGUAGACGGACGGACGGAAUGACGUGUCACGACGAGCGGCUUAACGAGUCUCUUUUAGCGGAGCCUCUAAUAAAGGAGCCUCUUGGAAGACAUUUCAAAUCGGAUUCCGUGGUCAGCGAGAGCGGCUCGAGCCGAUCGCCGGACUCGCCGCGAUUGGCCGACUUCCUGCCGAGAAAUCCGGUACCGUCCGAGGCGCCUCAAUCCAUGAUGCCACGUGAGCUCGCCUUAUUCGCGGACCGGGCUGUCUCUGUUGCAAGUGAUGACGUGGCGGCUUCUCCCGCGCCUCGUACUCCUGCAUCUGCCGGCUGCAGUCCGACUGGCAAUGACGUGGCUGCAGCAGCAGACAUGUGCGAUGCCCAGGUGGCGGCCGACGUGUUAGCAAGGGAGAGCGACGUGACCGCAGCAGCUGCGACAGCUGCGACAGCUGCGACAGCUGCGACAGCUGCGACAGCUGCGACAGCUGCAGCAGCUGCUGCUAUUCUGGACCUGCCGCUGCGAGCCAUGACCCAUCGGAUGGCGGGGCGAGGCAACGGAGCAGAGGAGGGGAGAGCGAAAGAGGUUUCGCAGCGAACAGCAGCACCACUGGUAGUACCAGCGGCAGCAGCAGCAGCAGCCGCGGGAGCGGGAGCAGCAGCAGCAGCAGCAUCGGAGGAGAAUCAUGCCGUCGAUCCGCGCGGAACCAACUUGGUCGAUUCUCCUACGCGCUUGAAGCGGGCGGGCGCGGGCGCGGGGGGGAUCGGGAAGCUCGGGCGCCGCUUCCGCGGGAUCCGCCAGCGGCUGUGGGGGCGGUGGGCGGCGGAGGUGCGCGACCCCUUCGCGCGGCGGCGCCUGUGGCUGGGGAGCUUCGACACCGCGGAGGAAGCCGCGCGCGCGUACGACAUCGCGACGCGGCGGUUAAGAGGCCCCUGGGCUAAGACUAACUUCCCGCUGGACCCGGAGGACCCCGAGGAUAAGGCGCAGCUGGGGAAGAUGGCGCUGGCGGUGGCGGCGUGCGCCAAGGGGCGGUACCGCACGAAGCUGGCGGCGUGGCGGAAGCUGUGCGGCCCGGAGGAGAUUGGCGGAGUGGUGGUGGCGGAGGUCGGGGGAGAGGCGGAAGCGGAGGCGGAGGUUGGGGCGGACGGGGGAGCGGAAGAGGGGGGGGUGAUGGAGGAAGAGGAGGAGGAGGUUGGUGUGGUGGUGGUGACAGAGGGGGGCGAGGUGGAAGAGGAGGGGAGAGAGAAGGGAGAGGAGAAUGAGGAGGAGGAGGAAGUAGGGGAAGAGGAAGGGACCAGAAGGAGCAGUAGCAGCAGCACCACGUGCCAAGUGGCUGACGUGGCUCCCUUGGAAGCAACGCCAGAGGUUGAGGCUGCUGCCAGCUCAGUUCCUGCCAGCUCAGCUCCUGCCAACUCAACUCCUUCCAGCUCAGCUCCUUCCAGCUCAGCUCCUGCCAGCUCAGCUCCUGGCAGCCUAGGUCCGGAGUGUGAUGCUGCUACUAUGGACUGCGUUGCUGUAAGCUCUGCCUCGGUUCACGAGGUAUCUGCUCGAUCCGCUCCUGCUGAUGUACCUGCAGUCGUACCUGCAGAUGUACCUGCAGAUGUACCUGAAGACGUACCUUCACCGGUUGUGGCCUCUGCAACGCCAUCAGUGCCACUGCCCCCCCCGGCUCGAGCUGUUGCCUCAUCAACAACACUAGACCAGGUGUCGCCACCACCAGCACCAGUGGCAGCACCAGUGGCACCACCAGUGGCAGCGCUGGCAGUGGCAGCACCGGCAGUGGCAGCACCCGCAGCACUAGUGGCAGCAUCAGCACCAGCGAAUGUGGCACCAGCUGUUGCCUCUCCUCUCAAGUCUUCUCCGUGCCCCAAACCCACCCUUGCCCCUGCCCCUGCCCCUGCCCCUGCCCCUGCCCCUGCCCCUGCCCCUGCCUCUCUCCCUGCUCCAGCUGCAUCACCUGCUGCACCGUCUGGCUUCACCCCCCUUCAUCUCCCACCUCAACAGCAGAAGCAGCAGCAGCAACAGCAACGCCAACAACAGCUGCAGCAGCAGCAACAACAACAGCAGCACCACCACCAGCAGCAGCAGCAGCAGUUGCAGCACCGCCAGCAGCAUUAUGCAGUCUCCCACUCAAUGCCUCACCACCACCACCACACUUUUCCUCACCCCCCACCGCCACCAGCCUAUCAUGCGCCGACACCUGGCAUCACAUACCGACCAAUGGUGGUCAUGGUGCCAAUGGCUAUGUCAGCCCCCCCGCCUCCCCCUCCUCCAAUGGUUGUAGCCCCCCCUCCUCCAAUGGUUGUAGCGCAUUCUUUCCCUCCUUCCAGCAUGGGUGUAUCACCCAACCCUCCAGUGGCUGUAGCAGCGCCUCCUGCUGCACCUGUUAUUGGCACGCCCGUCCCUGCCCCCCCUCCCCCCGCUCCACUUCACAUGCCAGAAGCAGGGCCCACUCCCUACGGGCAGCAUCAGUACCAGCAUUACCGGCCUCACCAGCAUUAUCACCAUCAGGAGCAUCACCAUCAGCAGCAUCACCAACAUCAGCAUCACCAUCAGCAGCAUCACCAACAUCAGCAUCACCAUCAGCAGCAUCACCAACAUCAGCAUCACCAUCAGCAGCAUCACCAACAUCAGCAUCACCAGCAUCACCAGCACAUGCAGCAGCAGCAGCAGCAGCAAAAGCAGCAACUCUUAGUGUCCCCAGUCCCACUUGUUCCAACAGCAGCAGCUGUAGCACCAGCAGCAGCCUCACCUGCAUCUGCUGCUGGUCUUGGGCCUGCUACCACUGCUCUACAUCCAGUCUCCUCGAUACAGUCACAACUCAGCUCAUCUUCCUCUGUACAGUCCCAACUAUUUAGAGGCGUGCGCCAGCGCCCGUCUGGCAAGUGGGCGGCGGAGGCUCGGGACCCGACCACGAAGCGCCGGCUGUGGCUCGGCAGCUUUGACACAGCUGAGGAGGCGGCCCGGGCCUAUGAUGCUGCGGCUAGGAAGAUGCGAGGUGCUGGUGCCAGGUGCAACUUUCCUACAAAGACUUAGGAUGUGUUGCACAUGUCGCGAAGUCUGACCAUGUACAAUAGUGUGUAUGUAUAUACAUGCCUGAGGUACCGGUAUGAUACUUUGUUCU